ACAACCUAAGCCGCGCCACGCCCAAACACCUCCCUCACUCCUCUUUCUCUCUAACCAUUUUUGCCGCACUUCUCACGCGCUCUCCGAUUCCCAAUUCUCCAAUGGCCACCGACACACAGAAGCCCAGCGACACCACCACCGCCGUAGAAACCCCUAAGAAAACCCUAGGCACCUCCCCGGUCCCACCCACCUCCACAAUUUCGGAUCCACCCGAAAAUCCAUCCGGAAGCACUCCCUCCGAUCUACCUCCGUCGUCCGAGGUUAACUCCGAAGAAAACGGGUCCAAGGCCGACUCCGAGGAUACCAAGACUGGCUCUGCCGCCGGUGACGCGGCUGCUCCGGCUACUGCCAUUGAGAAGAAGAUGCGCCGUGCCGAGCGGUUUGGGAUAUCCGUGCAGCUUACCGAAGAAGAGAAACGCAACUCUCGUGCUGAGAGGUUUGGUACUGUUUCGACAUCUCUUGGAUCCCAAGCAUCUGAAAAACCAGAGGACCUAAAGAGGAAAGCUAGAGCAGAGAGGUUUGGUCUUCCUGGCCCAGCUGUGGUAGGUGAUGAGGAUGCAAAGAAGAAGGCUCGUCUUGCUCGGUUUGCACCUAUUUCCAAGACAGAUACUAAAGCUGAUCCUCAGGAAGAAGAAAAACGAAAGGCAAGGGCACUCAGGUUUUCAAACACCUCAAAGGGUUCUCUUACUCAAGUGAAUGAAAAGGGUAACGUUGAGCCGAAGGCAGCCAUAGUGGGCAGCGCUGGUGGAGGGGUCUGAAAAGAAGCUUCAUUUCUUAGUAGUAUAGGAUUCUAACAUUUUGUGGUUCCCUCAAAGGCGUCCGUAAUGGUACCUAUCUCUGAUUGCAUGGAUUAUCAGGUCGAGUAUUUUCCCAAUGGUCAUUAGUCAUCUUCUACCAGUCACUGAACACAAUUUGGCGGCAUAGGGGAGUGUAAUUUCAUGCUUGGUUUUGGUUCCUUUAUCAAUUUUCCUGGCAAGGCUUUGAAUAAUCAACAACUACCUACUUAGUGUUAACCUACCCUGCAUUCUAACAAGAAUGUCAGAAAUUCAGUAUUUAUGACGUAGGGAAAAUUUAGUACUUGAGGAUGCAUUAGUGGCAACUUUUGGGUGGUCAUUCAUCCAAUUUACAUAUACAAAGAUAAUAUCUCGUAAUUGUUUGCCUUGAAUAAACAUGAUGCAGUGUUGAACAGAGUUCUGAAGUUGGUUUGCUAAGUCUACACCUUCUGAUAUGUUACUAGCUGUGCUUAAAUGUGCUGAUAACCAGCUUAAUCCAUUACUGUGGGAUCCAGGUCUUAGUUUUCUAGGCAAUCCAUCCUUGUAAUAUUAGUUAUUGGUGGUCAAAUUUUAAACUUUUGAUGGUGCGUUGAAUGGUAAAAACAUGUUAUUUAAGAAGCAGAAGAGUCGAGCUCAUGCACAGUUGAAGAUGGCUGCAAUAAUGGAGUUUUGUUAGGGUGUUAGAUACCUAGCUUGUUACAGGACCUGCGUAGUUUUAUUGACUUGUGUGCUAGCUUAAGUGAAGUGGAUCUUUGUUUCUUAUUUUUGGGGGGUGGGGGGUGGGGGGUGGUGGGGGUGGGGGUGGGGGUGUGGGGGAUGUGGUGGUGUGUGUGGGGGGUUAUGUUUCGGGUUUAUUGUUGAUGAUAGUACCUGGCAACACAUCUUCUCACCAUCGUGGUUCUGAAUCUAUUUGUUCAUAUUGACUAUCUUUUCUUAAUGCCAUUGGUUGGGACCAGGUUAGAUGAGGUGUGUCAGCAAAUCCUAAGUAUUGCUGUUCAACACUGCCAUGUUUGUCAUGUCUAAGAUGGAUUUAACUGACUUGAAGCUAACUUUUGUAAGAUGGAAAUCUUAACAUGUAUUAGUUUUUCAUAUUUGCUCAACAGAGGAUUUCUCGAGACUCUGGUGUUAGAAUUUCUGAUAUUCUUGGUCGGCAAUCUUGGGGUAAGUAGACAAUUUGGAGGUGGUUGUUGGUUUUCUUAAGCCUUGCUGGGUUAGUUCUGCAAACUACUGGUAGGAUGCCAGGAACGGAUUGUACUCGUUAAUACUUUGGUCAGUCUUUGCUGUGUAAUUUUUAAAUUUUGUAGAAAAAUCCACCUCAUGUGGAAGUUCAUGUUUUGUAUUAGGUAUUGGGAACGGAAGGACCUGUUUAACUUAAUUUUGGAGGGAAUCACAAAAUGUUUGUUACAUUCUCCGUCUGUUCAAGUUAUCAAAUUGCUAAUAAGUUUCUCUGUUAUUGCCA